AUGGGUUUAUGGACAUGGCCCUACUCACGUGAGAAGGAGGAAAAGAGGCCCAAAUUCGUCGAGUUAAGGUCGUCAAGAUGGUUUAUCAUGUUCGUCGUCGCCUUUGCCACUGGGACGGACAUCUUCAUGUACGGUCUUAUCGUACCGGUCACGCCAACCGCAUUGAAAGACAGAGCGGGCAUCUCAGAUAGGGAUAUUCAAAGCUGGACAUCAAUUCUUCUCGCCCUGUACUCGGCUGCUUUGUUGGCCUUUGCGCCUGUUGUCGGGUACAUCGCCGAUCGAGCCGAGUCCCGUCGGUGGCCUUUGCUGGUUGGUCUCGUUGCGUUGGCUGCUGCCACAGCCCUUCUGUGUGUUGGCACUCAUAUCGGCUUGUGGAUUGUUGGUCGCUUGUUUCAAGGCGCUGCCGCUGCGGUGGUAUGGACGGCCGGCUUGGCACUGAUGGUAGACACUGUCGGCAAAGACGACCUCGGCCAAGCGAUUGGAUAUGUCUCUAUGGCUAUUAGCGUUGGAACUCUAGCUGGACCCCUUCUUGGUGGAGUUGUCUACGAGAAUGGUGGAUAUUAUGCUGUUUUCGGCCUUGCCUUCGCUUUCAUCGCCCUCGAUAUCAUCUUGCGAUUGCUGUUGAUCGAGAGAAGACACGCUAUCAAAUGGCUUGCGCCGGAGAUGAGGCCUCUCUCUGUGAAUGGAAACGAAUCAGCGGAAGAGAAGUCAAACCAAAUCUCAGAACCUCCCACCCCACCCACUAAUGGCUCCGAACCUCGUGAAUCCCAACCGCCUGCUCCCCCUUCACGGAGUGCGUUCAGGCGUGUCGCUAUUUUAUUGAGCUCGCCCCGUCUUGUUGUAUCUGUCUGGGGAUACUUCAUCUUAUCAAUCGUCCUGACCUCAUUUGACAGCGUCCUUCCACUCUUCGUGCAAGAGACAUUCGGGUGGCAGCAAAGUGGCCAGGGGCUAAUCUUCAUUUGCCUCAUGGUGCCACACUUAUUAGACCCACUGACGGGGUACAUUAUUGAUAAAUACCCCAAAUCCUGUCGCUACCUUGCCGCUGGGGCAUUCCUCGCUUCCGUUCCCGUGUUGGUGCUUCUGCGUUUUGUCACGGAUAGCUCGAUGCAGCAUAAGAUUCUCCUCUGUGCUCUCCUCGCUUGUGUUGGGCUCUGCUUUGCCGUGGCUAUGCCACCGCUCGUUGCGGAGGUCUUCUUCGCCGUGAAGGAGAAAGAGGAUAAAACGCCUGACAUCUUCGGUCGCGGUGGUGCUAUGGCUCUAGCCUUUGGGCUGUCGAAUAUGGGGUUCGCGUCUGGAAGUCUGAUCGGGCCAUUCUUCGCGGGCUUUAUUCGCCAAGAGGCUGGCUGGGGGGCGAUGGGAUGGGCAAUAGGGUUGAUAGCCGGCAUAUCAUCUAUCCCAAUCUUGUUGUUCGUGGGUGGCUGGAUCUUGAGAAAGCCGGUCACGUCAGAGAAUGAAGUCCAAUUGACUGACAGCGCACCUGGCCCAUGA